AUGAAAUAUUUGACGGAGUUCAUCUUAAUUAACGAGCGUCGUCUCUGCCUCUGCAAAUUAGUUUUGAGACUUAUCAAGAACGAUGUCCGUCUGUCUAUCGACUCGUGGGAACUCGACAUCUGGGGAGCGCUCAUCUCUGGUCUCAGAAUCGAGCUAUUCUACGUCAAAGAAGGUUCCAUCAAUGACUACGCUCUACGGUUCCCUGUUCCGGUGCCAGCCGAUACGCACCAAGUUGUCUUCACCUGGCAGAACACUCGACCGCAGGUGCCCUUGAGUUAUCGUUUGGAGACCAGUGUUGAUGAUUUAGACGCCAUGCAUCUGCCUAAAGUAGACAUUCCAACACGAGGCUCUCUACCGACUUCCGUCCAAGAUUUCUCGGCGAAACUCUCCUGCACGGGCAAGAAAACUGCGGAAGUCCGGAUCACGAUAAUCAUCAGCGUUUCCAACACCGAAUCUUUCGAUGAGAGCAGUAGCACAGUUGUGAAAAUUUACCGGAAGAAAGUUUGUUUCAAAAGUGACCAUGUCGUGGAUACAACGACAACGACCGAAUCUCCGACCGAUAUCCCGGAAGAUGAGGAUCUCCAAGACGAGGACGAUGCUGAGGAAACGUACAUAGACGACAACAGUUUACAUGCAGAACAAAUUCGCAAGCAGUCCGUCAACUCGACUAUGACCAUAGAUUCGGUUCACGUGGAUCACGGACCGAUGCUACUGGCUGUGGGCGGCGUUGCAUUUCUCGUCGCCGCAGCAUUCAUGACCCUCAGCGCCUUCUGUUACCUGAAGAACAAAAAACUUCGUCAAGCACAAGCGAAUAUAAUUACGCAAGCCGGUGCAGACAAAUACUUCCAAGAAUGGACCACGGCGAGUUCAACUAUCAAGACCCAUGCAGGAGAAUAUGGAAUAAUCACGUCUUCGAAUCUCGAACCUCUGCACGGUCAACGCAUUAUACGCGUCGGGAGUCCAGUCGCCUCCACUGUGGCUUCGUAUUCGUCGUUCAGAAAAGCCAGCCCCCCGCUGGCGCCUAGUCCGAUGCCCUUUAUCAAUUAUUACAAUACGUUGCACUCGUCUCAAGGCAUCAACAGUUCGCUGGGACAGUAUUCGACAAUAAACGACACGUCGAGUAGUUCUCUGCUCUCGGAGCAAAUCGCCGAACUCGCCGUCGACCCUCGAUGCUUCACGUUUGUGAAACUCCUGAACGAAGGCGCUUUCGGCCGAGUCUAUCACGCUCUGCUGAACGAGGGCUCAACUUCCGCAGCGGUUUCGACGUCGGUGAUGGUGAAAACCGUCACGGAACAAGCGAGUGUGUGCCAGACGCAACUCUUUCUCCAAGAGGGAAUGAUGCUCUUCGGUAUGGACCACGCCAACAUCCUACCGGUCGUGCGGAGCUGUAUCGAUACCCCGACGGGACAGCCCGUCCUCAUGUACCCAUUCAUGAGUGAAGGAAACCUGAAGCAGUUCCUGCGGCGCAGCAAAUUUUCGCAAACGGAAUGCGGACAUCACUGUUUGACGACGCGGGAUCUCGUCGAUAUGGGAGUGCAAAUUGCUGAAGGGAUCAAGUUCCUGCACCGGAGGUUCUUUCUGCACAAAGACAUUGCGACGAGGAACUGCGUGGUGGACGAUCGCUUGCACGUGAAGAUCACCGACAACGCGUUGUCCCGGGAUAUAUUUCCGGACGAUUAUGAUUGUCUGGGAGACAAUGAGAACCGCCCAGUCAAAUGGAUGGCGAUCGAGUCCCUGCAGAACCGAGAGUUUACCUUCGCUUCGGACCUGUGGAUGUUCGGGGUCGCUUUGUGGGAACUCGUGACCUUCGGGCAGCAGCCCUAUCCCGAGAUCGACCCCUUCGAUAUGGGUGUCUGUCUUACGAGCGGAUACAGACUAGCUCAGCCGACCAACUGUCCCGACGAGCUAUACGAAGUCAUGGAAAGAUGCUGGAGCACCUCUCCCGGAGAACGGCUGACGCUCCCGCAGAUCCUCCGAACGUUAGCAUCAUUCUACAAUCAUCUAGAUAGUUAUAUUUGA